UCUGUAGCUUGCUGAGGUUGUUAGUAAUCUGUGGCCCUCAUAAUAUUUUUUUGCGUGGAACAAGGCUCUGAAAAGAGAUCUUAUUAUCGAUCGAUUUUCUUCAAUGUAGUUUUUGGUCGAAUUGUGUGGACGUCGCCGGCUAUAAUUUGGUUUACUCAGGAGUAAAAGUGGAAGGUAUUUCGAGAUUCUAACAUCGUAAGUCGUCAUGAAGUUGGUUUGGCAGUGUAUGUUUUCUCCUCGCCUUUACAAAGUAUACCGGGAUGGAGCAAAAGACACGAUGUACCAGCCUGUACGACUGGAGAAAUGGGGUGACAAAGUUGUGUCCACGGCCAACACUCUAUUGAAUAUAAGCCUGUACACAUCACCGUUCAUAUGUAUGUACAUAUACAAGCGAGGGUUCUUUACGAUUGACGAGAUGAAGUCACUUGGACGUCUUGUCAGUGGCCUUACUUGUCUCCUGGCCUUCUCCCUCUUUCUGCGGGGAUGCGGAAGAUCGUCCAGUACUAAAUAUGUUCAGUUUGUGAAUGCACUCACAAGCCCGAUGACUGACAGGAAGGCAUAUUUGAAUGAAUUGAGGAAGUAUGACUUUGAAGCAAGUGCUUGGCCCACUACUUACAGUGUUGCAACCAGAGAAAGAUCAUCAUGGAUGGACCGCCUCCCGUUCAAGAUGUGCGCCAACCCCGACCUGCCGAUUUACAAGCGGUUGCCGAUCCAGCUCCUAGCCUUCAUAGCCACGCAUACAUUCGGCCUGAGACUUAUCUACCCUGGAUCAUUGAGCGUUGUCCACACUCUGCUGUGGGGUGCACUGUUCCAAGGAAGAACUAUACUGGUUGAGGACCACGACGGGCAGCGUGCUAAAAUAGGAACAGCUGAUGGAAACGCCAUAGACACUAUGUUUGUAGACAACCGAGCUAAUUCUCCUCGAGGCAGAAUAUUGGUGAUUUGCUGCGAAGGGAACUCUGGGUUCUAUGAAAUGGGGAUCGUGAACACGCCCAUCAGGGCCGGAUUCUCUGCACUGGGCUGGAACCAUCCAGGAUUUGCUGGCAGCACUGGGCUUCCGUUCCCGUCGCAAGAACAAAACGCCAUCGACGCGGUCAUGCAGUAUGCUAUCAACGAGCUGCGGUUCCGACCUGAUCAGAUAGUACUGUUUGGUUGGAGUAUCGGGGGUUACACUGCCACCUGGGCCGCUGUUAAUUAUCCCGUGGCUGCUCUGAUCCUGGACGCUACAUUUGACGAUCUGCUGCCGUUAGCUGAAAACCAGAUGCCAUCAUCCUGGUCUCUCCUCGUGAAGGAAGUGGUGCGGUCCUACGUGAACCUUAACAUUUCCGAAAUGAUGAGCAAAUACGUUGGCCCCUUUAAACUCAUCAGAAGGACUGAAGACGAGAUUAUUAGCUUGCGGUUAAACAGUCGAAAACAAGGUCUCCUGGCAACGAACCGAGGCAACCAUCUGGUUUUGAAACUCAUCUCCCAAAGACACCCAAACGUUGUGGAGAACCCCGUUGCGAAGGUCGCACUCUUCAGGCUGUUGUGUAUGGCGGAUCUGCAGCGAAGUGCCAUUGAUAUGACUAGGAUUGAGGAUUACGAACGACCACUGUUACCAUUGAUUUCCAAAUAUCUCCACGACUACAAGUCUUCACACUGCACUCCGCUUCCUGAGACUGAUUUUAUAACAAUAAUGGAACGGCUGACUGUCCUGAGGCAAGACUAAUGUCUCCCCUUACGAUUUUAUAUCGUACCCGCAGGUGUUAAAGGAAACACACCCAUCGUUCAUCAGAACACUCCCAGGGCACCACCCCUAAGCGUACUCAUUGAAAUCUGACUGUACAAAAUCCGUUCAGAAUUCUUGUGUCUUUUUCAAUAAAUAUUGGUGGUGACUUUAUAACUACUAGGACGCAUUGCCAGUGAUAUUGCCUAACUAAAAGGCUUGUGUAACUACUCUAAACACAUUUAAAGCUGCAAUCCAAAAGAUUUGGACGGUACCUGAUGACGGAGACGGUAGAAAUUCAAGGGAACUUCAUAUCCAUCACCAUGUACUUUAUGAUGACUAUGCUACUAUCUAGUCUUGAUAAAACAGAUGUUGUAGGGUCAUUUCGCCUGUUCGCGUCCAUUUAGUGCAGUUGGCAAGUUUGACGGCGAAAAUAAAAAUGCCCCAGCACUCAUUUCUAUGACAAAUUUGUGUAAUGUAUUCAUUAUAUACUCUAUUUUAAGAUUAACUUUCAGUUGUAUUAGAAAUAUCUUUCGUUUUCUAUUUAAAUAGAUAAACCUCAGAAAUAGGUGUUUUACCCAGUUUGCGUCCACAAAAUCCAAAUCGCGUCCACCCAUGGUCCAGUUCGCGUCCAGUAGCUUAGAAAAGGAAUAUAGGGGUGAAAUUUUUAAGAAUUAAUAAAGAAAGAUUGUAUUUGAUCAAUUUCUUUAUUUAACAAUAAACUUACAGCCUUACUUAUAAAAAUCAACAAAUCAUCUUCUAAGUAUUGUUUUAACUAAUUACUACUUAAAGCCUUAAGUAGUGAUUGAAAUAUUUUGACCUAUAAACAUUGCUUAAGUAUGUCUUAAGUAAUGAACAGAUAAUGUCAUAAAAACAUACUAAUUUCUCAACACUACCGGAAUGUUGGUAGCUUAAAAAAAUAUUUGUCAUCAAAACGUUAUGUAAUGGCAACAAUGGCAUCCGUAAAAUAUAAAAUUAAAAAGUUGAGCUGUCAAUAAACCGGAAAUGAAAAAUCAGCUGAUAAGAAUCCAGCCAUUUUGCUAAUUACCGGGUUAAACAAGGGUGUGAGGCUACUUAAUUUGACAGCUCAUUUAAGACAUUGCUAAGAAAAUUAUUUAGUUCAGCCACGUUUAUGAGUAAGAUUUUUUCUUAAACACCCCUUAAGUAUAACUUAUUAUUUAAUUCACGUUUAUAAGUAAGACUGUUAAUUAUUAAAAAUCAACAUUAUCAUCAUUUAAAAUUCACUUGAAAAAAUAAAAAUAAUUCUUCUCAACAUUGGUUUAAGUAACUUAAAAUUAGGCAAUUAAUUUUGCAACUUGAAAAAUAAACAGUAAUCAGUUCUGUUAAUUUUACCCUAAAAUCACAGGGAAAGACCCGCCUUGAUUUUAUUAAGUUUUUGGCCAUAUUAAAUUAACAAAACAAUAUAACAAUUUUGUCUAAACAUACAACUAAAAGAAUUGUUGAGUCAAUAAAUUAUCAGACAAGGUAACAUAUUCUUUGCAUUUUUUUUAUCGAUUUAUUCUUCUCUCGAAUAUCAUUUCAUGUUUUCUUUAAAUCUUCUUCUGUGUAUGUUGUCUUUUCCUUCUUUUGUUCUGUAUCCGAAGAACUUAUCUUAAAUGAAAUUACUUAAUAUAUUAAGAUUAAACGGUACAUUUUUUUAUUAACAUAAAUACGUGGUUAUAAUUAAAUUAUAAUUAAAUAUUUAAAUUAUAUAUAUAUAAUUAAAUUAUAAUUGAAUAUUUAAAUUAUAUAUAUAUAAUUAAAUUAUAAUUGAAUAUUUAAAUUAUAUAUAUAAUUAAAUUAUAAUUUAAUUAGAACCACGUAUUACUAUAAUCAACGCGGGUCUUUCCCUGUGAUUUUAGGGUAAAAUUAACAGAACUGAUUACAGUUUAUUUUUCAAGUUGCAAAUUAAUUGCCUAAUUUUAAGUUACUUAUACCAAUGUCGAGAAGAACUAUUUUUUUUUCAAGUGAAUUUUAAAUGAUGAUAAUGUUGAUUUUUUAUUUAAAAUAAUAAAAAAAUGUACUGUUUAAUCUUAAUAUAUUAAACAGUACCUAUGUUUUAAUUAUUUUUUAUAAGCAAGUAUUUAACGAAAACAGUGGACGCAAUUUGGUUUAUUAUUAUAGAGGAUAGUUUUAGUUCGCGUCCAUUGUGGACGCAAAGUGGAAGUUUUGUAAAAUUCGAUGUAGUAAUUCGCGUCCACCUUAUUUUAUUCGUUAAAUAUAAAAAAACAUUACCAAAUUCAUAAAAAAACAUUAUACCUUUAUUCAUCAGUAAACUGUAGAAAUAGCUAUCUAUCCUAAAAUUCACAUAAAACAAUAUAAAACUUACCAUCAAACACGCCGCUGCACACUAAUUUUUAUCUAAAAUUCAGCGUGUUUGCGCUUUCUUGUUGAAGAGCCUAGACUAAUUAUUUUUUCUAAAAAGAUUGGUUGGACGCACAGAACUUUUGUCUAUCUGUGCGUGCCUCUUAUACAUUAACGUAUUAGCGGUAAUGAUCUUUCGUUUGAUUGAUGUGUUAAUUAUCUUGUGUUCGAAGGUUUUUAAAAGAAGAUCGGCAAAAUGGACGCGAACUGGGCGAUGGACGCGAACAGGCGAACUGACCCUAUGUUCUGUGUUACCUCAUUUUACUAAUCAAUUUAUAUUGCAUUUCAAUAUUCAUGUAGAUUUAUAUUCGACCCUACAAACAGAUUAAUGUCUAAAAGAUAUUAAAUCCUUUUGUCUAUCACGAUUUUUUAAAACUUCUACUUGCAAAGCUCUCAACGUCCCAACAGUGACAUCCCGGUACAAGGCGACAAGUAAACUAGGCCAAUAGUAGUUGUAAUUAUGUCAAAAAUAAACUUAACUUUUUCGCCAGAACUGGUAGUCCUUUCCGUCAUUUACAGCGUUUUCGUUGAUUUUUGGGACACCCAACAUAAUAAAAUAUAAUAUUUAAGAUGUCCAAUAUCAAUAUACCUUUUCUAUUAUAAAUAUGAACUAUGAACUCUAAUAAUACACUCUUUUGCAAAAAAAAGCGGGCACCUAUGCGAAAUCUUAGUUUUAAGGACUUUACGUGUAUUUCAAAGGGUUUUAAUGAUUGUAAUAUGUUUCUAGCAUCAAAAGAGUUAGCCAAGCAUGCGUGAGAGUGUAUUCUAAAUUUGAAUUUUGUACAAUUGCUAAGAAAUUGGUUAAACCUUGUUUUGGACUAAUUGCUGGCAGAAAGUUCGUCGGUGUUUUGAAAAGUUUUUGAAUUGAUUUUCAGGAAAAUGAUAAUGCAGUUUUAAUUAAUGAUUAAUGUACUUUUUUGUUACAUUAAAACAUUUUUGAAAAACAAUGCGAAUUUGAUAAAAUUUUCACCUGCUCUAAAUAGGCUAUACUGAUGAUUGAUAGCAAUGUUAAAUGUUUCGGUAGUUUUGUGUAAAGUGUUCUAUUGUUUAAAUAUUGUAUCCACAUGGUUUAAAAUAUCCCGUUCUCGUAAAUAAACACAAUUCAGAGGAAUAUCAAUACUUUGGGCUGCGACAAAACCAAUUUAAAGUUAACAGUUCCGAUCACAACUCGUCUCCUAUCAGACUUUGACAUUUUUAAAAGUCUUGAAAUUCUACGAAAUACAGACAAUAGCGCAUAGACUGUGAGCACGAGGCCUUAAGGUCUCGUUAUCACUGAUUUUUAAACAACCUCGUCUCUUGGGAAACUUUGUAGACCUCUAAAGAUCUAUGAUUCGAGCGUUCAAAUGGCGUGUUUUCAUCCCACGGACAUUUUAUUAAAUAAACUUGCCUGUACCGAGAUUUUCUGGCAUCUACAGCACUUUCCUCCUUAAAUCAUAACAAUAAUUGGCUAUCUGCUCAUUUCUUAAGAAACGUACGUUUGGCCAAUAAUUUUGAAUUCUCGACUCCCUUUCAGCUAAAUUGUCGUUUAGUAACCCGAUACCUAUGGAGUUAUCGAGAGCUUCAACGCGGCAAUAAUUUGACUUUUUAGAUAGCUUUAACCUUCCUCAUCUUUUUUUAUGUGGUUAAUUUUAACAUUAAUCACAAAAUUUGGUAUUUUUUAAAUGUCAAAGUCCGAUAGGAGACGAGUUGCGAUCGGCACUGCUUACUUUAUACUCCUCUAAAUAGUGUUUAAUUAUGAAAAAGCGAUAUUUUAAAACACGUGGGUACAAUAUCUAAACAAUAGAACGCUUUACACUAAAAUACUGAAACUUUUAACAUUGCCAUCAAUCAUCAGUAUAGCCCAUUUAGAGCAGGUGGAAAUUUUAUCAAAUACGCAUAGUUUUUCAAAAAUGUGUUUAUCUAACAAAAAAGUACAUUAAUCAUUAAUUAAAACUGCAUUAACAUUUUCCUGAAAAUCAAUUCAAAAACUUUUCAAAACACCGACGAAAUUUCUGCCAGCAAUAAUUAGUCCAAAACAAGGUUUAACCAAUUUCUUAGCAAUUGUACAAAAUUCAAAUUUAGAAUACACUCUCACGCAUGCUCGGCUAACUCUUUUGAUGCUAAAAACAUAUCACAAUCAUUAAAACCCUUUGAAAUACACGCUAAGUCCUUAAAACUAAGAUUUCGCAUAGGUGCCCGCUUUUUUUGCAAAAGAGUUUAUCUAUCAAUAGAUACAUUAAAUGUUCGUAGCUGUAUAUUUAAUCCGAUAAUUAAGAUAGAUAUUCAUGUUUUUUUUGUUUAUCUGGAGGGCAAUUUUUAAUUAGUUAGAAUAUUGGGUCAUAAAUUUCAUAAACGUAAUUUUUCCUUGGGCUUUCAAUGGCUGAGACUGUCCGAUCUCCUGGAAAAAGUUUAUGUGGAACGAAUUUAAAAUGACUCAAUCCAGAUGAACAAAACAAUUUAUUUAUAUAUUUAUAAUUUGAAUAAAGUAUAAUAUUGUCAUACAGUUUAUCAAAAAAAUCAUGGCUUCAUAUUGCGAAUAAAUAUUUUUCUCAUGCAUGUAAACACCGUCAUAAGCAUCACUCAUAAAAAAAAAAACUUGAAAUACUGUAACUGUGACUGCACAAGUUGUUCUAUGCUGUCAUCUAAAAUGUUUUUGGAACGGAAAAAAUUCUUACGUAAAGUUGUCACGACACUUUUUGCUAUUGUAAGGGUGCGUCCACAUCUGGCGAAUGCGCCGCGAAUGCGCAGCACGCGAGCCGAUCGCGAGCUGUCCGCGAGCUGCGCGCGUGCAGUCACUGCAAUAGUUCGGUGCGCCUCUUUAGCGCAACUCACGCAAGGCUCGUAUAGAGCGCGCGAGCGGCGCGCGAUCUGCGCGCAAUCAGUUCUCGCCCUUACAGUUCCGUAUAUUGGCUCAGUACUAUCGAAGAUGGUAGAACUCGCGCGCCGCCUGCGCGCCGUUCGCGUGCGGCGCUUAGGUCGCGCGCGAGCUGCGCGCGGGCCAAGCAGAAGCGGCGCACGAACAAAAAUGCACGCGCGCAGCUCGCGGACAGCUCGCGAUCGGCUCGCGUGCUGCGCAUUCGCGGCGCAUUCGCCAGAUGUGAACGCACCCUAAGCUGUGCGGCGUCGCAUGUUUCUCUGUCUGUCUGUCUCUCUCUCUCUCUCUCACUAAUUAAUCGAAAGGAAAUUCGUUCCACCCGGGUAGGGACACCCGGGUGGAACACCUCUCAAGUUUUUAUUAUUUUAUUAUCUUGUCAAAUUCUGUACACGGUAUAGUUUUAAAGCUACCAUGUUUCUUUGAAGUACCCCUUCAAUUGUUGCCAUGAGUUUCUUGAUAAACUGUACACGUUUUUAUAUCUCAGUUGGUGAAAAGAGUCUUAGUAGUUCAAGUGUCAGUCAGUAUGUCCGGCAAUACACGGCCGCCCGAAUCAGUUGCAACUGCUCGAGCGGUUCGUGUAUGUGCGUCCAUAGAACUCUGCAGUUCACUGUGCAGUCGACAGCUUGAAGCUGUCUCCUAUGACAGCUUCAUGCGGUCCGUGUAUUGUAGGCUUAUAUCCCCCUCUUUGGUCGGGUACACAGGUUUCAACCGGUAAGAGUCCAGGGGGUACGCCCGCCUCACCCCAGGCCAGACGAGGAGGUGUCACGUCAAACAAAAAUACGAUACUGGUUUGUUCAGAAAUUGGUUACUAGGUUGUGGGUAAAAACGAAUGAAUGGUGAAUGCAUUUAACUGACAAAAAAAAAGGACUGAGGCAAAAAAUGGUAACUUGAUUUUGAUAAUAUAUCGUGAUUGAUAGUCGUGUUUAGUAAUAAAUAAAAGUUUUUCCACAACGUGGGUAUGUAUGGGUGUGUAUUUCAUUAAAUGGAUUUAUGUUUUAUUUGUAAAUUAAAUCUUCUCUAAUUAUACACUCUUUUGCAAAGAAAGCGGGCACCUAUGCGAAAUCUUAGUUUUAAGGACUUUACGUGUAUUUCAAAGGGUUUUAAUGAUUGUAGUAUGUUUCUAGCAUCAAAAGAGUUAGCCAAGCUUCCGUGAGAGUGUAUUCUAAAUUUGAAUUUUGUACAAUUGCUAAGAAAUUGGUUAAACCUUGUUUUGGACUAAUUGCUGGCAGAAAGUUCGUCGGUGUUUUGAAAAGUUUUUGAAGUGAUUUUCAGAAAACUGAUAAUGCAGUUUUAAUAAAUGAUUAAUGUACCUUUUUGUUAGAUCAAAACAAUUUUGAAAAACUAUGCGUAUUUGAUAAAAUGUUCACCUGCUCUAAAUGGGCUAUACUGAUGAUUGAUGGCAAUGUUAAGAGUUUCGAUAUUUUAGUGUAAAGCGUUCUUCUGUUUAGAUAUUAUACCCACGUGUUUUAAAAUAUCGCUAAAGUAGAACGCUUUACACUAAAAUACCGAAACAUUUAUUAAAACUGCAUUAUCAGUUUUCUGAAAAUCACUUCAAAAACUUUUCAAAACACCGACGAACUUGCUGCCAGCAAUUAGUCCAAAACAAGGUUUAACCAAUUUCUUAGCAUUUGUACAAAAUUCAAAUUUAGAAUACACUCACGCAUGCUCGGCUAACCCUUUUGAUGCUAGAAACAUACUACAAUCAUUAAAAUUAAAACCCUUAAAAAUACACGUAAAGUCCUUAAAACUAAGAUUUCGCAUAGGUGCCGGGCGCUUUCUUUGCAAAAGAGUUUAUUUAUUUCAAUUGUAUGUAAAUUAAUUAACUGUAUACUUAUUUAUUGCACUUAAAAAGCAACACUAUAAUAAAUAUACAGAUAAAUUAUAUCCAUUGCGUAGUUUUUUUUCGUCACUUUCCGACUGGACAUUUGUUUUUCGUCGUGUCACAAAAACUUUUAAACGUCUGUUGAUCACGUGUGUAACGUUGAAAUAAAGUCCGUUUUUUAGACAAGUGAUCAACAGGUGUUUAAGUUUUUGUAGUAAGGCUCUAUAUAUUUAUAAAGGCUUCAAAUGUUUUGAAAUAUGCAUUUUAUUUAAUUUUAAUAGAAAAAUAUGUUUAUUUAAUUCACAGGAGGUUAUUAAAGGGUUCGGCAUUUUUACAUUUAAUUUAAAAGGAUUUAAAUAGUAUUAAGAAUAAAAAAUAAUUUGUUGCAA